AUGACUGAAAAUUUUUAUCUUAUGAAAUACUUCAUUCUGACGAUAUUAAGUGGCAAAAUAUCGACGUUACUGAUAUUACCACGUGAAGCUUCUUGGGAUGAAAAUGGAACUACUGUCGCAGGAUUGUCAAAUGGUACAUCUGGAUUAUCUCUCAUUGAGCUUCAUCAGCCGUUUGGAAUAACUAUCACAAAUGACGACGUUCUUUACAUUAGUGACAUAGCGAAUCAUCGUGUCCUUGUUGUUCACCUUGACUCUACUAGAGACAAUUAUGCAAUCGGUGAUGGGUCUGAACCUAAUCAAUAUGAAUUUUAUUUUACAUACGACGUUUUUAUCUUUAAUAAAUCUCUUUAUGUUCUGGACCACGGAAACAGGAAAGUAAAAGAGAUGUCACUGAAUGGUUCCAAUCCGACUCUUGUGCCUUAUGUGAAGGACUUAGUUACGCCAAUAUGCCUUUUCAUAGAUAAUGAUGGUAACAUAUAUGUGAGUGAUCAAGGUGUUCAUAAAGUGUUUGUCUUUCGACCGAGUGCGGUACCUGGAGAAACAGUUGCUGGUAAUGGAACUGAAGGGUUCACCGAUAAACAACUCAAUCAACCGUAUGGAGUAUUUGUAAAUGAUUUUAAAGCUAUCUAUAUUGCAGACCGCAAUAAUCAUCGAAUCAUGAAAUGGUUGCCUAGAGCAUCGUUUGGCAUCCGCGUGGCUGGUAAUGGAGCACCUGGCAAUAGUUUAGAACAAGUGAAUUCGCCAACUGACGUUAUCGUUGAUCAAAAUGAAUAUAUGUAUAUCAGUGAAUCCGGUAACUCUCGAAUAACACGAUGGGGUCCUCAUUCGACAUGUGGUAUAUGCAUCGCUGGUUGUAUAGGAAAGUCUGGAGUUCAAGCAAACCAACUCAUGAGUCCUCAUGCAAUAGCAUUUGAUCGACAUGGUUCACUUUACGUUAGUGACCACGGAGCUCAUCGAGUACAACGAUUCCAACUACUUAAUUAUCCUGUUCCCUACAAUCAACCGAAACUCUCGUCGGAACCCACAUGGAGUGAAUGCGGUAUUACCCUUACCAACAAAAGUAGUUUUGAUUCAGUAGCUCGCGGCCUUUUCAUCGAUUCAAAUGACGCCAUUUAUCUAGCUGAUCAUUCCAGAAAACGAAUUAUCACCUGGUCUAAACACAGUGUUCAUCCAGAACGAGAAUUAGCCGCGCAUUUGUUUAAAUAUACCAGUGUAUUUGUGACAUGGAACGGUGAUAUCUAUUUUGAGAAUGGUACAGCACAAGGUCGCAUUGAUAAGUUUCCUUCAAACUCAGAAAACAGUGAAUUUGUUGCAAACUUCUCAUCAAAUUGCUAUGAUAUCUUUAUUGACAUUCAAAAUACCCUCUACUGUUCGAUGCAUGAAGAACAUAGAGUAGUGAAAGUAUCUCUCUCUGAUGAUAAUCGUUCAGUGAUAACAAUAGCAGGAACAGGUUCAUCAGGAUCACGAUUACAUGAAUUAAAAGGACCGUGGGGAAUAUUUAUUGAUAUUCAUUUCAAUUUAUAUGUGGCUGAUGAACCAAAUCAUCGAAUUCUACUAUUUCAACGAGGACAACUGAAUGGAACUAUAGCAGCUGGGAGUGGCAUUCCAAACGGCUUAAUAUUAUGUUGGCCCACCUAUGUCAUAUUAGAUGGAAAUGGUUUUCUGUACGUUGCAGAUAAUAAACAUAAUCGCAUCAUUCAAGUGCAAAACAACGCAUUUCAAUGCAUUGCUGGUUGCACAAAAGAAUCAGGAUCGGCAUCGAAUCAACUUCAUUGGGCGUAUGCUCUUCGUUUCGAUAGUUUUGGAAAUUUAUAUGUAGCUGAUGAAUCUAAUCACCGCAUUCAAAAAUUUAGUAUUGGAACAAAUUUGUGUAUAUCAACUUCUCUUUCGACCACUGAAUCACCUACAAUCUAUGUAUCUCAAACAUCGGAAAACAGUAUAUCCAAUCAAUUGACAACAAAAGACAAAUCACUUUUAUUGACAUCAAAAUAUCCAAGCAACUCAACAUCGUUUUUUGUAAUCACACAUUCAUGUGGUGAUACAACAAAUAUUGGUCAGCGUUGCAAUACAUCUGGUACUAUUUGCCAUAUGCAACGUCCAUGUUUAAACAAUGGCACAUGCACUGAUCUGAACAAUAAUCAAAAUUAUCAUUGUUCAUGUCCACUUGGCUUCUUUGGUAAACGAUGCGAAAUAGAUCGACGUCCUUGUAAACGAAAUACCUGUCUCAACAACGGUAUCUGUAAUAAGACAUCGAAUACGACCUAUAAUUGUACAUGUUCAUUUGGUUACGAAGGAACGAGAUGUGGAAGAAAGAUUAAUUAUUGUUGGACUGUGACAUGUCAUAACAGAGGUGUUUGUCGUCCGUUGUUAGGUGGAUAUAAAUGUGAAUGCCUUAGUGGAACACAGGGAGAACAUUGUGAAGAAAUUACAACGAAACUCCGUGUACAUCGAAUCGUAUCGAAAUCUUUUGCUUUCAUUGCAAUUUUAGCAAUGAUAAGUGUUGUAUUGUUUGUUAUUAUUAUGGAUAUUCUCAAAUACUUUUUUGCUAUCGAUCCAACACGACGUGAGAUCGAAAGAAUUCGGCGGGCAAAAAAACGUCGACCGGUUAUUCAACGAUUCGUCUAUGUCAAUGCGAAACCCCUAUCUUGA